CAUUGCAAUAAAACGUAUAACAUGAACAUGAUAUAUUCAAUGUGGUAAUUACUAACAAAGUCGCUGAAAAAAACAAUCCACCGCCCAACUAAUGAGUCUUUUUCGCUAAGCAUUGUGGGCACGGCCUCUGUCUCACGUGUGUGUGAAUCCGAGUUAACAUGGUAGUCCUCACUUCAUGUGUGCUAGCCCGACUUCGACUGCACUUCCCCGGACAGCCGACACGACGAUGAGCUCCAACCGCUCGGCAGCGUGUACAGGUGGAAUUCUGCUGCUAGGCUUCCUUUAUCACUAAAACAUGGCCAGCGGGGAUGAUGAUGACCCCGUUAUUGAGGAGAUUGAUGUGUAUCUUGCCAAAAGCCUGGCAGAAAAGCUUUAUCUAUUUCAGUACCCUGUGCGACCGUCCACUAUGAACUAUGACAACGUGCAACAUUUAUCUGCGAAAAUCAAACCCAAGCAGCAGAGGGUGGAGCUGCAGAUGGCCAUGGACACCACUAGCCCAAACUACUGUCGCAGUAAGGGCGAGCAGAUAGCCCUCAAUGUGGAUGGCACCACCUAUGAGGAAGGCAACACAUAUUCAGUGAAAAUGAUGGACAACCAGACGUUCUCAUCCAUCCAGGCCACCACCAACACCUCCAGAUAUGCUGCUGCUGUGUUCCGGAAAGGUGAGCUUCAUGUGACACCCCUAACAGGAAUCCUGCAGAUGAGGCCCAGCUUUGCGUACUUGGACAAGGCUGACAACAAAACCAGAGAGCGGGAAGCGGCCAACGAAGGUGGAGACUCCUCCCAGGAUGAAGCCGAGGAAGAAGCCAAGACCAUUUCGGUGAGGUUUGCUCGUCCUGAGUCGGAGCAGGCACGGCAGAAGAGGAUCCAAUCGUACGAGUUCCUGCAGAAGAAGCAGGCAGAGGAGCCUUGGAUCCAACUGCAGUACCACAGCAUGAAGGAUGGGCGCUCGGAGCACGAAAGGCAGUAUUUGUUCUGCCAGUGUGCGGAUGCAUCCCAAAACUCAGAACUGGUUAAAUCUCCCAGUGAGUAUCUGUCAAUGCUGAUGCCCCCUCUAACGGAAGAAAAAGUCGUGAAACCCGUUGGCCCCAGCAACGUGCUCUCCAUGGCCCAACUGCGCACUCUUCCGCUGGGAGAGCAAAUCAAGACGCUGAUGAAAAAUGUCAAAGCCAUUCAGUUUGCCAACCUAAUGGGUCUCCUGGCCUCGGGCACUGAUUCCACCGCCGUGCUGCGCUGCAUCCAGCAGGUGGCGCUCUUGGUCCAGGGCAACUGGGUGGUGAAGAGUGAUGUCCUGUACCCUAAAAACACAUGCAGCCCUCACAGCGGGGUCCCGGCCGAGGUUCUGUGUCGAGGACGUGACUUUAUUAUGUGGCGGUUCACUCUGGAGCGCUCCUUGAUGAGGAAGGAGGUUGCGGCCAUCAUCAAACUUCCUCCUGAGGAUGUGAAGGAUUUCCUGGAGCAGGUGGCGGUGCCGCGCGUCAACCGGGGUUGGGAGUUCCUCCUGCCCGCCGAUGUGGACUUCAUCAAGAAGCACGCCGACGUGGCCCACCGCCAGCAGAUGCUGUGGCUGGGCAUACAGAGCAAGUUGGAGAAGGUCUUCAGCUUCUCGAAGGAUGACUUUCUGUCAAAGAACUGCCAGCAUCCUGAGGGUGUCCACGUGGGUGGAGACCAGCGCCUGAAGCUGGCCCAGGAGCGUGCUCAGGAGAAGCAUCUCUCCCUACAAAAGGAGCUAGAUGCCAAGCGCGCCACAAGCAUCCAUAUCAAGCAGGAGCCCCUCGUUGACCACGAGGAUGAGUGCAUGGACACUUCCUGUCCUUCCUCCUUGGGAGUUCCCAAUGGUUCCAUCAACGGUUACCCUGCCACUGCUUUGGAGUGCGCCAAUGGGGGCAGCCCCUCCAACAUGCCCUCCCAGGAGUUGCUGGACUUUGUAAGCACCACCUUCAGGAAGAACCAUGUCCUGACACUGAACGAGCUCAAGAGGCUCUUCAGCCUCCACGUGGCAUCUAUGCCGUCCGGAUGCAUCCCUUUCGGACCUGUGUCGGACCACCUUCUGCAGGAUGCUGUACUGCUCAGCCACUGCAAGCAGAUCCUGGUGCCUUUCCCCGCUCUGACCACAGCCUCUGCCGACGAACAGAAGGUGUUUGGUUUAUGGGAGACCGGCGAGGACUUUGACAAGCAUCGCCACCUUCUCUAUGAGCUUUUUAGCAAAAACUACCGUGUAAGGAGGACCACGAUCCAAGCCAGACUCACUGAGGAGUUUGGCAACACCUCGAAGGCCGACCUUGACCGUUUGCUUAAGGAGUGCUGCAGCAGUAGCGCAGGCAUGUGGUACCUGAAAGGAACCAUCCAGUCCUGACACACACAGCCCGCCCCAUAGGGGCACCCACAGCCCAUCAGUGUCCCGAAGGAAUGUGCUCAGGAUGAGUCACAGCCCGUCGAAGCAGCGAGAGUGAGGAUGUCGGUCCACCUGUUCGGAAGAGAUUUGACUGAGGGGCUUCACUACUUUUUUUUGCUUUUGAAGGAACUUUUAGCAGGAUGGUGUUCCACGAUGAAGACCACACUGCAUACAUUCUGCAACAUCUGACAUGUUUGUACAACGUUUUGCGUGUACUGCAUCUAGGAAGCACUAAGCCACACCACGACAAUAUGGAACACUUUUACUCCAAACACAUCUACAUAGUCUACAUAGAACUAGAAUAACAAGAUAUGGCACAGCAAGUCCGUACAGAAAUGAUGUUUUCUUUGUUGGAAUGUACAUGAUGACCUUUUCUUUCUAAGUGUAACAUGGAAUCAAAUCCACUUAGAGACAAAAUAAAGAGAGUUUUUCUUUGA